GAUAGGAAAACGAUUAUUGAUAUCCUUAUAAGUGGAUUAUCUCGUCUAGAAUACCGUGGUUAUGACUCGGCAGGUUUGGCCGUGGAUGGCGAUAGUGAAACUGAAGUAAUUCUCUUCAAACAAGUUGGAAAGGUUGCCGCCUUGAAAAAAUUAGUGUCGGAGCAAAAUGUUGAUUUUGAAAAAGAGUUUGUUAACCACUGUUCUAUGGCUCAUACUCGUUGGGCUACUCACGGUCAACCUUCAACGACGAAUUCUCAUCCUCAUCGCUCUGAUCCAAAGAAUGAAUUCACCGUGGUUCACAAUGGCAUUAUCACCAAUUAUAAAGAAUUAAAGACACUUCUGGAACAUAAAGGCUAUCAUUUUGAAUCUGAUACCGAUACUGAAGUUGUUGCUAAGUUUGCAAAGUAUUUGUAUGAUACUCGAAAUCCUCAUCAAAACUUAA